GCCAUGCUCACUCGGCAUACGCUCUCAUUCAUGUACCUUCAGUAUGUUUUUAUGAGUUGCCUUAAUUACUUCUUUUGUUCCUGAAGUGAAACCCUUCGGAUUUCGAACCCCCCGAUCGUGGACAAAUGUUUCGAAAAUAAGUUUUCAGUUCGCCCAAUUCAACGAGCACAGAUGAAGAUAGUAAAUCCCCGGGACUUAUUUUAACCGCAGUUUUGAAACCGUUAUGCCAGUUUACGAGUAGGUCUCGUUUUCCCUCGUCUCGGACAAAAGGAGCCUUUUCCAUUUGAUUCACAUGCAAUACGAAAAUAACCGCUAGACAGGUUAUAGGAUGUUAAUUUUUUUACUUUGGAUCUGAAAGUAUGGGAACUUUUCUGGACAAACCAAAAACAGACAAACAUAAUGAACAUGGAUGUGGAAACGGUUUACGGUACGGCGUGGCCAGCAUGCAAGGCUGGAGGGUGGAAAUGGAGGAUGCACAUCACGUGAGGACCGGCCUCGGCGAGAAGUUGGACGAUUGGUCUUUCUUCGCAGUUUUUGACGGGCACGCAGGGGCGACUGUUUCGGCACAUUGUGCGAACGAACUGUUAGAAUGUAUAGUGUCAAGUGAUGAGUUCAAACAAAGUGAAAUAACUGAAGGUAUUAGAACUGGAUUUUUGAAGCUUGAUAAUUCGUUGAGGGCGAAACCGGAAUUCGCCUGCGGUCAAGAUAAAGCCGGCUCGACGGCAGUUUGCGCUUUAGUAAGUCCGAGACAGGUGUACAUAGCGAAUUGUGGUGAUUCGAGAGCUGUCAUUUGUAGAUCCGGGGUACCCAGCUUCUCGACAAGAGACCACAAACCAAUGUUACCAAGUGAAAAAGAAAGAAUAACUAAAGCCGGGGGUACAGUUAUGAUUCAAAGAGUUAAUGGAAGCCUUGCUGUUUCUCGUGCUUUAGGUGAUUACGAGUACAAAAAUGUGGAAGGAAGAGGACCUUGUGAACAACUCGUUUCUCCAGAGCCAGAAGUUUUCAUACAGGACAGAGAUGCAGAAAACGAUGAAUUCAUGGUAUUAGCAUGUGAUGGAAUCUGGGAUGUUAUGUCAAAUGAAGAUUUGUGUAAAUAUGUUAGAUCUCUUUUGUUGCUGACAGAUGACUUAGAAUCUGUUACAAACCAAGUGAUCGACACUUGCCUCUAUAAGGGGAGCCGUGAUAAUAUGAGCAUUGUUUUGGUUAUUUUCCCUGGAGCUCCAAAACCAUCACCUGAAGCCAUAGAGAAAGAUCACGCUCUCAAUCUAAAGUUAGAGAGAAUGGUUAGAGAAAUAAUUGGAAACAAGGUGGACAUGGAUUUUAGCAUUCUGCUGGCUCAUUUGUCUGAAGAAUGUAUUCCUGACCUACCCCCAGGAGGAGGUUUGAGCGCAAAGAGAUCAUUAAUUGAAGCGGUUUACAAAGAGACUUGUCCUCAAAAUGCAGAUACUGUAAGUGCAUGUGCAUGAAAUCAGCACCUAGUAGAAAAUAAUUAUUGUAAAAGUACAAGGCUACUAUGUUAUGCAUUUUUGUAAUACCAUACUAUGUGGCUUUUGAGUAUAGGACACAGUUUAAAAACACUCUCAUGAACACUUAUUAGCAAGUGCUUUGUAAACUUAAUUAGUCACUAAGUGUACUUCAGAAGAAAUUACUUAAGCAGUGUUAUUUUUGUAAAUACCAUUUUUUGUUAAUGGUUAACUUCAAAAGUUAAAGGUCAUCGUGGAUCUUCAACAAUACAUAAGUUUUAGUUUUUAUCAAAUGAAACAGUUCAAAUGGUCAUUUAUUUUGUGUUUCUUGUUAAAAUAGUUUUUUUAAAUGAUUACAACAUAUUUGAGCUUAAAGAACUAGUUAGUUGAAAUGGUUCUUAUUAUUUUUAUUAUUUAAAAGAAAACAUGUAUAGAGUCUGACUGAUGUGUGUGUAAUUAACUUGCUUGAUUUGUUCUCCCUAUUCAUAUGGUAAUAUGAAACAGAACAAAAUUAGAUUGUAACAUGUACCUUAUGAAUUAUAAUCAUAUAUCAUACAUCAAAGUACCUAAAGUGUUUUAAUUUUGAAAGAUUUCUUGUUUUUGUGCCUUUCCAAACCAAUAUCAUUAGAGUACUAUAAUUGUAUGUAAAAUUACAGUAUAUAUUUUAAAAAGAUUAAUAAAUAUGGCUAAUAUACC